CUUCCCUGGAUCGCGAUGGCAACCACCCCGAAACGACAGGAGCGACAACUUUUUUCUUAUCUGUAAUGUUACGGAGGCACCAUAAGUCGCAGCAGAAACUACUUUCUAAUGUGAGAAAUAAACCUCGUACACUUUUACGUGCCCGAAAAUGUCCCAGGGAUGUACAGUGGAAGAGAUCCAGUCUUGGUGGGAAGUCCCCGCCAUAGCCCACUUCUGCUCGCUGUUCAGGACAGCGUUCAAGCUCCCAGACUUUGAAAUAGAGGAACUUGAGAGAGCCGUGUCGGAACAGGACUUUGAUUUCCUCGGUGGUCUGGUUGCCUGUUUGUUGCAAGGAUGUUACCAACGGUCAGACAUCACCCCUCAGACAUUUAGCAGUUACCUGGAUGACAUCAUCAGCUACCGGUGGGAACUUGAAGAAGGGAAGCCAAACCCGCUUCACGAGGGCCCGUUUGAGAACCUCCCACCUCGCACUCAAGUGGAAAUACUGCAUCGACUCUGUGACUACCGCCUAGAUGCUGCUGAUGUCUUUGACCUGCUAAAGGGCCUGGAUGCAGACAGCCUGAGGGUGGAACCUCUGGGGCAAGAUGGAAAUGGAGCCCUCUACUGGUACUUUUAUGGCACUCGUAUGUAUAAAGAAGAGCCACUUCAGAGAAAGGAGGUUCAGUUCAGUGAAGCAAUUGAUCUGUCGCUGCCAGAGAGGAAGAAGAGGGGAAGGCCACCAAAAAAGAGAAAGUUUGAAGACCAUUAUCUAAGUGAUGGGGAAGGUGAAGUGGCUGAAGUAAACUCAGAAAAUGGACUUGAUGACUAUUCUCCAGUCAUGGGCCGAAAGCGAGGCGCCUGGUCCCUUGUGUGUGACACAAAAGAACAGUGGACGGGACUGGCAGAGAGCAUCAAGGACAAAACGUCUCCACAGGAUCGCCACCUCUAUCGCGUCAUCAGCCAAAAUUUUCUGCCUGAGAUCAGCAACAUGAUUGAGUACAAGGAGAAGGAGCAGAAACAGAAGCUCCUGGAUCCAGAUCCAGUUCACACAGCCCAGUGGUUCUCUGAACAUCCCAUUAAACAAGAGAACGAGGAUACUCUGAAGACCAGAUCAGAGGAGGAGAGGAAGAAAGAUGAAGAGCUGGACAGACAGGUUUUACUGGCCGAGCAGCGACGAGAAGAGGAAAGGCUUGUGCAGGAAGAACGACAGAGGGAGAAACUAGAGAAGAUCAAAGCUGUGGAGGAGAGAGCAAAAAGGCGUAAGAUGCGAGAGGAAAAGGCUUGGUUGCUGUCUCAAGGAAAAGACCUACCACCUGAGCUCCUAAAUCUGGAGCCAUCAUCCCCUGUCCGCAGAACACGCAAGAAUAAAGAAUUCUAUGAUAUUGAUGAUGACUAUACAGCUCUAUAUAAAGUGCUUGAAGCCCUGAAAGCCCAUAAAGAUGCUUGGCCUUUCUUGGAGCCUGUAGAUGACUCUUAUGCUCCAAAUUACCAUGAGAUCAUCCAGGCUCCCAUGGACCUGUCCACCAUUGAAAAGAAGCUUAAUGAUGGGGAGUAUGUUGCUAAGGAGGAGUUUGUUGCUGAUGUGAAGCUCAUGUUUGAAAACUGCGUUGAGUACAACGGAGAAGAUAGUGAAUACACUACUAUGGCAGAGUCUCUGGAACGGUGUUUUAACCGAGCCUUGUUGAAACACUUCCCAUCAGAGGAUGGCGACACAGACGAAGAGUUCCACGUCAGUCGAGAAGACAAGGAACGCAAAGACAAAAAACGUAAUCGUAGCAAUAAACAUUUGGGACCUGAAAGUUUGAUUAGGGCUACAGAGCAAGUUCAGCGUAAGCGAAACUCUCAGGGGGGCAAAGGCAGCUCACACUCUGAGGAAGAGGACAUCAAGCUGACACGAGUGCCCUUUCCUCCUCCUCACUGGAAUAAUCAUCCUCACAGUCUUCCUCCAAGUCAGCGACACCCCCAUGAAGUGGGCUUCAGGGGCUUGUACCAUCCAGGGCAACAGCUUCACCCUCCUACUGGUCCUCGUGGUCCUCAGCUGUUUGGCCAAAGAAUGGCAAUGGAUCCUCGCUUUGCUUACCCAGUGCACAUUCCAAGGCAUGGUGACCCCAGCUUCAGCCGCUUGUCUCACAGCUUUAAUGUGCAGCAUCACAUGAGUGAUGGACAUCACAUGGGCUCCAGGUAUCCAGUGGGACCAGAUCCUAAUGAGCAGCCCCGACAACAGCACCCUUACAUGGGUCCUACUCAUGGUCCAUCCUUGGGUCCACGCCCCAUUGCCCUUCAGCCUGGACCUCCUCCUGAAGCCAGCAUGUAUCCAUCCCACCACCGUACAGAGGGCCACACCAUGCAUCCCAUGGCCAACAGAUUUUCAGGAACAGAAGGACCAAGUCAGCGCAACUACCCAGGCUUGAGACCUUCUGGUAUUGAUGUAUCAAACAUGUGGGCUGGUAUGAAUCAUCAUGACCAGGAGAGACUAAAUGGAAUGCGCAUGCAGGAUCCCAGCAUUGUGAACCAACGCAACUUCAAUUAUGGUGGAAUCCCCCCUCCAGUGGGGCAUAAACCAUGGCCAGAAGCAGCUGGAUACCCCCAACAUCCUUCUAAUGCUCAGUAUCAAAUGUCUGCUGCGGCCAGCUCUCUGGGACCCUUGUCUUCACGAGCUCCCGUCCCACAGCCAGACUCCUCCGGCAGGACACACUUGUCUUCCAUGCUAGAAAGCCCAGAGAUGUUGGCGCUGCAGCAACUGUCAGCCUCUUCUGGACCCCCUGCCGGUUCCUCUCGACAACACAUAGGCAACUUUGAGCAGCCAAGGCCCCCGUCAGGAUUUGGCAGCAUCCCAGCUCACCCCUCCAAACAGCCUCCCCCUACCCUUGAGGUUCAGCUGCUGCAUCAAACUAGAGACAAAGGGCUAGACAACCAGCCUUCUCAACAGACAGACUUGGACCCCAAAGCUGCAUCGGAGAACAAAAUGGCUGCAAACAUUUCUGUUAAAGCUUCCUUGCACAAAAACAUUCAUUCAAUCAAUCAAGAACCCCCUGUUAUCAGUAGCCCCACAGGACAUUAUAGUACACCAGCAGAGAGAAUGCAGAUCCCCUCUGCUCUUAACUUAAUCAGAUCAAAGGAGAAGGUUUCUGAACAAGAGCUCACACUGAAUUCUUUAGAGAGCCAUGAGCAGGAGGUGGUUGGGCAGGGACAGUCUGUCCGCAACCGUUCCACUCAUAUCAACAUGUUUCCAUCCCAUAUCAGUGCCAGUACCACCAGCUCUACUGAGAUCAUUCCACACGAGCACCAUGUGCAAGCACAAUGCAGUCCACAGCACAAUGCUCAGAGCCCUUCACGUCUGCCUCCAAACCUACCCCCGCUGCAUGUUUCUGAAUCCUCUCAUCACACACCAGAGAACCAGUGUGAAGCACAUCAGCAAAGUGAAACCCAGCAGAACACCCAAAAUCAACAACAAUCUAAAGUAAGACAGAUUACAUCAUCUCAAAGCCACCCUGAGAGCUCUCCUCAGCCAGUGACUCACAACACAGAGCAGCAGAAUUCAUUUGUACCUUCUCAUCACAGCCCUCAAAGAUUUUCUCCACAAUGUGCUACACAGAGUAGCCUCAUGCAAGUGAGUAUUACUCAGGGAGUCCAGCCCGGAACACCUCAGCCAGUCCCUCUCACAUCUUUGCCGCCCAGUCAUCCUACACCAUUAUUACCCUCUCAACCUAGCCCAGCAGACCAUGGAAAUCAAAGACCUAGUGAACCCACAAGUAGGGCUGACACAGAGUGUGCUGCCAUUUCUCCACAGCACACUAUGAUGUCACCUGGACCCCCAACUAGUAUUUAUAAACCCCAGGCUUUUAGCCCAAAUUCUAAUCAAACCCAGUUGAUGGGAAGUAGCAUGCAGGGCCAAAGAGGGCUACAACAUAAUCAGAAUUCAGCUGUGCCUCCUCACUCCCAAGGUCAGAUCAAUGGAGCCAUGGGCCAGUAUAGUAUGGGGAAUCCUUUACAUCCACACUACAACCAGGAAAACAUGAACAGACCUAUGCAUCCAUCUGCUCAUCGCCAGUUUCACAAUCAGGCCAUAAACCCCCUGAACAACCCUGCUCCCCACCCCUCCUACCACCAGCAGGCAGGGAAUGCCUACUACCAAAUGUCAGGACAGCAGCAUCCACAGGCUCUUAGAAAUCUGUAUGCACCACAUCAGUACCAGCAACAAGCUUACUACACCCAGCCCAAUUCCCAGUCUCACUCCCAUAACCAAGCUCUCAGCAGAGGUGGCUAUCCUCCUAAAGAGUGGCAACAAUCUCCUUAUCAGCCUCAUCAACCCAACCCACCCAAUGCCUACCUGCCUGUAGCCAGCGCAAGAUCCAACGGUCAGUCAAAGGAGAGCAGUAUGUCUCCACUGGGCUCUGAGAGCUCCACCAGUACUAGCUUGCUAUCUCCAGGCCCUGUAUCUGAAGCUGGGCCAUAUUCAGCAGGUUCUGAGGAAGGGAAGUGUGAAAACAAGGAGCAAGCUGAUGCAAACAGCAGUGGCAGUCCAGCUAAGCAGGCUCGUACUGAGAACUCUGAUCAGCCUGAAAGUCCUAAAGAAAUUCUGGACCUCGAUAGUCACAAUGCAGCUGCUCGUCAUCGAAGCAUCCAGCCACUACACCAGCAGCAUCCUUCCCACCUAACAACUGGGUUUAUGUAUGACCCUCGAGCUUUGCACCCUGCAAUGCAACAAGGCACCAUCCCUCCACCACAUUUGAUGGUUCAGGGCCGUCGAGUUGGAAAUGGAACCCUUUAUCCUGGUCAGCCAUACCCAGAUCCAGGACGCUAUGCUGCCCAGAGACCUCACCCACACCUGAUGGAAGCUCUGCAGCGGCCCCAGCAACUGCCCUACUCCCCGGGUCAGACACGUAUGGCCAUGUACAGACAACCCAGACCUGGUGGACACUUUCAGGACAUGAUGAUUCAACAGCAAAGUCUAGCACCAGGGCACUUCAUUCUCCCAGGACAACAGAUGACGGCUGCUCCAGGCAGUUCAGGAAGGAAACAAUGAUUGUGAAAUGCCAACUAAUCAAAACUUGAUAGACAUCUGGCAAAGACAGGAAGCCAGUCACACACUGACCACGCCGCC